CGAGGUAUCCUGAAGUCGCGCAAGUGCAAGACAGAAGAGAUAGGGAGCACAAGGGAAGUAUUAACAGACCUGAGGGACUUUGGACACAACCCUCCCAGGGAAUGGGGUUUAUGCUUACAUGCUCCUCUGUUUCCCAUGAUGGAUGUAUGCUACUUUACCCUGCAUUUAGGCGCAUACUGCAGCAGGAUGAGCAGCCUUUUCUGCGCGCGCCAGCUUACCUACCUACAUUGAUUACCCUCACGUUUGCCGCUCUACUCCUUGAGCUGGCUGGCUUGCUCACAUUUCAUUGUUCUGUGUCCUUUACGUUUCCCUUCGUCUUUUCCCUUUCAGCCGCGGUUUGCCUACGCUGUUACACACAUCUCCCGAGGUUUUCACCACCACCACCCCCACUACUGCGCAGGCUGGCGGUGGAAAAGAUCUCAUCCUCCACAAAGCCUUGUGCGAUUGAGACGAUGUGCUCUUCAGUUCCAUUGAAUUGAUCGACCCCCAAGGACUUGUCUUGAUCAAAAGUUUCCGUUCCCGAGGGGUGGGAUAGUAGCAAAGAAGACGGGGGAGAAGAUGAAGGUUCUCGCGAUCCUCGCGCUGGUCGCCACUGCCGCCGUCGCGGCCACCGGCACGAAUGCGGCCUUUAGACAGAGAUACGCCGCGGUCGACAUGUCGCCAGCCGUCGAGGGCGC